GACGAUUCCUCAAGAGUUAGAAGCCACCUGCUACAGCUGCUACUACUACUCUGUUAAGCUUCUGCUUCUGAUCUUUUUAGUUUCUCUCUGAAGAAAGGUGAAUUUGUAUGGCCGCCAAUUCGAAGAGUACUCAAGGGAUCGCCAGCUUGGGAAAGCGAGUUGUCACCCAGAUCUGGACUGCUAACUACUCAUCACCCCGCUCUGCUUCUGCCUUCACUGUGGCCAGGAGGGCAGCACACACAUCCGUAUACGACAAGAACCUUGAUGAUCAGGUUCAGCCAAGUGUGGUUCCAGACGAUGUGAUUCAACCCCAGUCCAACAAAUAUUGGGCACCACAUCCACAAACCGGUGUCUUUGGGCCUGCCACCGACGCACAUUCGGCGUCAGGCCGAGAGAGUGGCUUCUCAACCGCAUCUGCUAACGGUGGUCAGAGCUCAGUUUUGGAGGAAAAGGCCUGGUUCCGCCCCACUAGUCUUGAGGACUUGGAGAAGCCGAACCACCACGCUUGAGACUACAUAUAUCAAGCAUAAUUGUGCGCCCUAAUCCAUGCAUGAAUAAAUGCUGUGAAAUAGUACCAGCUUAUUAAUGUUGAUAAUAUAAACUGUUAGUACGGUAUGGUGAUUACUGGUGUGGAAGUAGCUAUAUAUGCGAACUUGCAUAUCAUCUGGUGACCUUGAUGUACGGAUGGUUGGGGAUUAUGUAUGCACAGUAUUAUGCUAUAAAAUACUUGAUUAGUUUGUGAGA